AUGGGCAGCGGAAAUACGAAGCAGCCCACGGCGGCGCUGACGCCGGCGCCGCCGCCAUCCUCCAACGAGAUGCAGAUGCAUCCAGUCUGCAAGAAAACGGUCGACAUUUCUUCCAGCGCUGACCGCGCCGAGGAGUUUGCAGCGGCUGCGCGACUGCCGGCCCAGGCUGCACCGCGACUGUCCCCUGCGGUCGUACCAUCACACACCCCAUCGACGCAUACAGGUUCGGUGAACACGGCUUCCUCCGGCAAUGCCCCAAGGCUGUUGGGCAAGGACAAGUACGUCAAGGAGUACGGUGCCCUGGCCAUGAGCGACCGUGCUAAGGCGGUGCUGCGAGGUACGCUGCUUCUCUUUUGUGACCCUGAGACGGAAAGCAUGGUGGUGUCGUACCAUGAGAAGAGCACUGGCUCUGUGUACGCGCGCAGCUACACAGAUGAGGAGCUGGGACACGCAAAGCAGGCUGCCGGGGUCGGCUUCACAUGGGCUCCUUUCUUCAAGUCCAUAGCUACAGCCGUGAUCAAAUCCAAGGCAAUGAUUAUCUCAGUCAACCCGACCCGAAAGGAUGCCAGCUUCACCAUCUUCAAUAGCAAAGACCCCUCGCGAACGUACCCAUUUGUGGUUCCGAUGGAUAUGGUGUCGGAUGGGUCCUCACCGAACGCGCGGGAGGUCUUCCGCUUUGCGGUGCACCCCUUGACACGUGCGUUGCAGUACAACCGUGCGAGCAGCGACUCGAGCGCGCGGGAGGCUGACGCGGAGAAGCUGGAGUGUGAGUUGACGGUGAACACCGCUGCGACGAAGCAGCACACCACCUACGUAGACAAGCUGCUGCCCACGGUGCGCCCCCUACGAGAGGAGUCGGCGCUGCACUCCCACCGCGCCAUGGUGGUUGGCCGCGAGGUGCGCAACCUCGAGCGACGUCUCCAGGCCCGAGAGGAGCAGAUAGUCACAAAGCACCCACUUGACCAACUCUACGACGAGGGAGGUGCACAGAGCUUCCAGCACACCUUGUGGUCUCCUGAGCACAUUCCACAUGAGGAGGACCCGGACGAGGUGCUCUCGUUCUGCAUUCGCUGCGCGUUUCCGUUAAGCCCCGACAUGAAGCUGAGUGACAUCUCAGGUGUGCUGCAGCGGCCCGAGAUUCGGAAGCAGAUGGAGGCAAACGGCAACGGCCAGGUUAUUGCAGAGGCGUUCGAGAUCUUUAAGGGAAUCGACCGCUGGGACUACGACACCAUUCAGCUGGAGAUCAUCACUGACGGCAACGCCCUCUUCUUCACGGCGUACCUCCUCAUCUACAAGCUGGACUUGGUCCGCUACUUCAACCUAGACGACGCCGUAUUGCGCCGCUUCCUCGUAGCUGUGCAGAGCGCCUACCACCCGAACCCAUACCACAACGCCAUGCACGGCGCGGAUGUGACGCAAAUUAACUACUACAUCAUGAUGGUGGCCGGGCUUUGCGAGAAGUGCUGCUUGAGCAAAGAAGAGAUCUUCGCAGGCAUCAUCGCCGGCGCCGUACACGACUUUGACCACCCGGGCCUCAACAACAACUUCCACUCCCGCACUGGCGCCUACCUCGCCACUCUCUACAACGACAGGUCUAUUCUGGAGAAUCAUCACCUUGCCUGCACUUUUGAGCUGCUGCGCAACCCACGCUACAACAUCUUCGCGACGUUGUCGGACGAGCAGCGACAGCUUGUGCGGGAGACCAUACUGGAGAUGGUGCUGGCGACGGACAUGGGCAAUCAUGCGCGUAUCUUCAAGAACUUCCAGGUGCGCAUGUCGGAGACGAGCGACUGGCACUCGAAGAAGGAAGAUGUGCGGCUCGCUCUCUCCAUGUCGAUCAAGAUGGCCGAUAUUUCGAACUGCGCGCGGCCCAACCAUAUCUACGCUGAGUGGGCCAAGAACAUCUCGAAGGAGUUUUACCUCCAAGGUGACGCCGAGCGGAAGCUGAACCUCUCCAUCUCGCCCUUCAUGGACCGGACGAAGGAGGCGGAGGAGUUCCCGAAGGGUCAGGUGUCGUUUAUGAUGUAUAUUGUGCAGCCUAUGCUGGAGGCGAUCUCGGCGCUACUGCCAUUUAUGACCUUUGCAGUGAAUAUGUGUAUUGACAACAAGGAGUACUGGCGGCGCAAAACGGAGGAGGCGCAGUAG